CCUCGUCCCCGUUCACCAUUUUUACUUCUCCAUCUCUCUCUCUGGUGCAAUGGAAGAUCCCUCCGUAGAGAAAAUUGCCAUCUCCGGCCCCGCCCUGGCCUCCAUGAUCCAACGCUUCUCCACCUCCUCCUCCUCCGUCGACGGCUUAAUCUUCGGCCACGUCACCCUCCUCGCCCCUACUCUCUCCGACGACGACUCUUCCUCCUCCUCCUCCUCCUCCACCCUCAUCGCCACCAUCACCUCCUUCUUCUGCUCCUCCUCCUCCCUCUCCUUCUACUCCCCCUCCGGCCGCGUCGACUCUCCCUCCCUCCGCCGCCUCGCCCAGUCCCAAUCCCCCUCCUCCCACCUCCUCGGCUGGUUCUCCGGCCGCCGCCGCUCCCACCUCCGCCCCUCCCUCCGCGAAUUCGCCGUCUCCACCUCCCUAACCUCCAACCCUAGCCUCUCCUUCCCGAUCCAAAGCUCUCCGCCGCCGAUCACCUCCCUCAAACCCUCGCUCUUCCUCCUCUUCGCUUCUCCGAUCUCCGAUCAGGCGAUCCACACCCACGAGUACCGCGCCUACCAGUUCCGGUCAUCAGCUCGCUCGUUCGAGCCGAAGUCGAUCGACAUUGUCAACAUCGGCCCGGCGUUCCGCGGCCACUACGACGCCUUCAGCCCGAGAUCGCAGUUCCCGGCGCUGCCGUGUGAGCUGAGAAUUUCGCCGAUGAAUGUGGACCGGGGAGAAGAGAGCUUAGGGCAGCUGAAGAAGGGGUUGAAGGCUCAGAGUGAGCUGGAUAUGUGCGCCGAGGGGCUGGAGGUGAGUAGCUUGAGUCGGCUGAUGGGGUCGGAGGCGGUGAGUUACACUUGUGGUGUGGAGGACUUGUAUGAGAAGAUGCUUGCCAAGAUCGAAAGCUUGGCUAGGCAAGUGGAGCACAGCUCGGCGAAGAUUCGAGAGCAGGAAGAUCAUAAUAGGAAAUUGCGGUAUAAAGCUGCUAGGACUGCUGGAUUGUAGAAACUGCUGAACUCUUGGCCGUUUUUUUGCGUAUGUAAGAUUCUCUUUCUAUGCCUCACCUUUUAUUGCAUUCAUCUGGAAUCACUGGGGAACCUUGUUUACAGGAAAAUACCUGCCCAAUCUCGUAGCUGAGGGCUUCGAGAUUUGGACUUGUGGAAUUGCUUUCGAUGAAAUGUUUGAUGACUUUAGGGGGUGAUCAUCUCUUGGAACCUCAGAACUGUUUUCCUGUCCUGGCGUAGUCAGUUCCACAGGCGGUUAUGAAGAUAAGGAUGGCUCGGGGUGCCUCCUUUGUAUCCGAACCAUCCUUUGUAUUGUAGUGCACAACGUUGUAUCAGCAUCCAUGCUUUUGUGAUCAGUUGGGAAGCUCAUUCCUAUAAAUAAGAGUAAGAAGGAAGAAAAUUGUUUUAUAGUCUUUAUACAAUGAUUUCGAUAUUUCUCUUUCAUCUC